AUGGCGAAUCCUAAAUACGCUGGUUUACCUGGAAUUGCUUCUCCAGAUGAAAAAGAUGUUUAUGAAACUGAUGAUUUACCGGAAGCAGAUCAAGAUCCAGAAUAUACUGAAUCUGAAUCGGAAAGUAUAGAAAGACCUCAUUUAGAUAUAUCAAAAGCUCAUUCAAGAUUUAGAGAUAAAUUUUUAAUUUGCAAUAAGGAUGUCGAUUUUUCCGAUAAGUAUAGAAGAAAAAGAAAUACAGGGUAUAAAGCAUUACACGGAGAUUGGGAAAUAGCUGGAGAGGGGGAUAAUGAAACAAUUUUUCAAAGGUGCAAUAGAUUAAAUUGUGAAUUUAAUGAAUUGUUGGAAGAUAUAAAUAAGCUUAAAGAAGAGACGAGCGCAGAAAAAAAGAAAGAAUUAGAAAUGGUUGAACCAUUAGUUCCACAACUUCAACUUUCAUUACAUCAGAUAAAUAAUUAUUUAAACUCAUCAGAUUCAGAUAAUGAAUUUAUGAAAUUUUUGUCGGAUCCCCAAGAAAGUCAAAUCAAAAAACUUUUAUCUAAAUUGGAACAAUUGAAAGAUUCUGGAAAAGAUGAAAAAUCGAGUGGAAAAAGUAAAAAAGAUGAAAAACCAUCGGAUUUGAUUACUUAUCACCUUCAAACUUUUCCAGCUCAAAAUAAAUUCAUUCAAACGGCUCGUCUUGCCAGUUUAGAGCAAAGAAUUAAUAAACUCGAAUCAGUUUUGGGUACAACUCCAGAUAAUUUGAAUCGAUUGCAAUUAAGCGAAUUUACAAAUGUGUCAGAGGCCGCAAAAGAAAUAAGCGCAAGAGUAAAUCUAUUAGAUACUAAUAAAUUAGAUAAAAUCGAAGGAAGAUUGGGUGCAGUUUUAGCUAAAAUGGAUGCCUUGGCUGAGAAAAAAGGGGGACAGGGAACUUUGGAUCAAGAAAAAAAGAUAAAUGAAUUAUAUGAAUCUCUUGGUAAAGCUGAAUCAUUAAGCCUUUCAAUAAAACCAGUAAUGGAUCGUUUGAUUGCUCUCAAUACACUUCAUGCAGAAGAAUUUAAAAAAUCAUUAAAAGAACUUGAAACGGAUCAAGUAAAUGCUUCCGUGAGCAUUUCAAAAAAUGAAACGGUUUUAAAAAAUGUUCAGGAUGCUUUAGAAAAGCAUUUAGAAAUCGUUGCGAGAAACAUAAAAGCUUUCGACGACAGAUUAGGAGCAAUUAAAAAAUAA